ACACACUGAGGGAGGAUAUCUAUGCAGAUGAGCUAACGAGAAGAGCAAGGGCGGUGCAUAGACUGCAGACUACACGGCUUUUCCCCCUGCAUAGCUAUAUAAUCAGGCCAGGCUAAGCCGGCAUGCACUCAGAUCUUUUGUCUUGGUAAAGGUUCGGGAUUGAUCAUAAUCAAGAUACUCUCCACGCAGACACCAGAGAAACCUGUUCAGGACAGAGGGAGUGAAUUUAACCAGUAACCAUGCAGGCUCAUGACAUUUUUCGAACGCUAAGAAUUCCGGAGCUAGUGGACUUCAGGCAAUAUGUUCGAACACUUCCCACCAACACCUUGAUGGGCUUUGGUGCCUUUGCUGCCCUUACUACAUAUUGGUACGCUACAAGACCCAAGGCUCUGAAACCUCCUUGUGAUCUAGCCAUGCAAUCUGUGGAAGUACAGGGCAGUGAUGGAGCUCGGAGAUCCUCUCUUUUAGACAGUGAUGACGUUUUAACUUAUUACUAUGAUGAUGUUAGGACCAUCUAUGAAGUUUUCCAAAGAGGAGCUAAAGUAUCAAAUAAUGGACCUUGUUUAGGACACCGGAAGCCAAAUCAACCAUACCAAUGGAUUUCAUAUCAAGAGGUAUCGGAUAGGGCAGAAUAUGUUGGGUCUGCCUUGCUGCACAGAGGCUUCAAACCAUCCUCUGAACAAUUUGUUGGCAUUUUUGCUCAAAAUAGACCUGAGUGGUUAAUAGCAGAACUGGGCUGUUAUACGUAUUCCAUGGUGGUUGUUCCUCUAUAUGAUACCCUGGGUGCUGAGGCAAUUGUCUACAUCAUAAACAAAGCCGAUAUUUCACUUGUGUUCUGUGACACACCCGAAAAGGCUAAACUAUUGCUGUCAAAUGUUGAAAAAAAUGAAACCCCUGUGCUGAAAACAAUUGUCCUCAUGGAGCCAUUUGACAACGACCUCCAAGAACGAGGAAAGAAGUGUGGGGUGGAACUCAUCAGCCUGAAGGAAUUAGAGGUUGAAGGAAAGGAAAACCGGGAGAAGCCAAAGCCACCACAACCGGAUGAUCUUGCUGUGGUUUGUUUCACUAGCGGUACAACAGGAAAUCCCAAAGGCGCAAAGCUUUCUCACAAAAACAUUGUGAGCAACAGUGCAGGUUUUCUUAAAGUGACAGAGGACUUGGUUUUUCCCUCUACUCAAGAUGUUCUGAUCUCCUUUUUGCCUCUGGCUCAUAUGUUUGAGAGAGUUGUGGAGUGUGUUGUGCUCUGUCAUGGGGCUCGAAUAGGUUUCUUCCAAGGAGAUAUUCGAUUGUUAAUGGAUGACUUAAAGGCCUUACAACCAACUAUUUUCCCAGUAGUACCCAGACUUCUGAACCGCAUGUUUGAUAAAAUAUUUGGACAGGCAAAUACUCCCAUGAAGCGCUGGAUGUUAGAGUUUGCCUCCAAGAGAAAGGAAGCUGAACUUCGCAGUGGCAUUAUCCGAAAUGAUAGUUUUUGGGAUAAAAUAAUAUUUAAGAAAGUACAGGCCAGCCUUGGAGGAAAGGUACGAUUAAUGAUAACCGGAGCUGCACCAGUUUCCCCUACAGUGUUAACUUUCUUACGAGCGGCACUUGGCUGCCAGUUUUAUGAAGGAUAUGGGCAGACAGAGUGCACGGCUGGAUGCUCCCUGACCAUUCCUGGAGACUGGACUGCUGGUCAUGUUGGGGCACCGAUGCCAUGCAAUCAUGUGAAGCUGGUUGAUGUGGAAGAAAUGAAUUAUUUUGCUGCUAAGGGAGAGGGUGAGGUGUGUGUCCGAGGCACUAAUGUUUUUCAAGGAUAUUUAAAGGAUGAUGAAAAAACUGCAGAGGCAUUAGAUAAGGACGGAUGGCUGCACACAGGAGACGUUGGGAAAUGGCUGCCUAAUGGUACCCUAAAAAUCAUUGAUCGGAAGAAGCAUAUAUUUAAGCUGGCUCAGGGAGAAUACAUUGCACCUGAAAAAAUUGAAAAUAUAUACCAGCGGAGUGAACCUGUGGUCCAAGUUUUUGUUCAUGGAGAAAGUUUACAGGCUUUCCUAGUUGCAAUUGUGGUUCCAGAUCCAGAUAAUGUGUCGAACUGGGCAAAAAAGAGAAAGUUUGGAGGGACUUAUGAAGAGUUGUGCACAAAUAAGGACUUUAAAAAUGCGGUUCUAGAAGAUUUUCAGAGGCUUGGGAAGGAAUCUGGUUUGAAAAGCUUUGAGCAAGUGAAGGACAUUGUUUUGCAUCCAGAAAUGUUUGCAAUUGAAAAUGGCCUUUUGACUCCUACAUUGAAAGCCAAGAGACCAGAGCUGCGAAAGUACUUCCAGACACAGAUAGAGGAACUGUAUGCCAACAACAAAGUAUAAAUUUAACAGAAAAGAAGGAAUGUCAAGCUUAAAGUUGUCAUCUGAAAACUCUUUACAACCGCAAACAACCUGUUACUGGCCAUAGGAAUAGUACAAAGACACCCCUAAAAUGCCUUACUUUCCUUUUGAGGGUGGUCUUGUGUAUUGAAGUAGGCCUUAAAUUGUGAAGGACAACUUGGUGUUAGUACAGAUAAAUAGGACUUCCCUAAACAACCGAAUUUCACAACAUUUAAGUUAUCAGUUCUGAACUGUAUGUUUCAUAUUAACGGUUUGUCCCUACAUGCUUCAAAGAAGCAACUGUGAUUGUAAUUCAGCAUAUCAAGAGGGAUAUGAGAUGCUUUGACAAACUACUGUGGAACAAGCACGGUACAAGGUUUAAAUGGAAACUGGAUUAUUAUAUAUAUAUAUUUUCCUUUUAGAGCUUUGGAUGUACAAUUAAUUAGCAACAUGUGUUUUUUGGUAACGCAUGUUAACAGUUAAGCAAAUCUAAUUUGGAACAACAUAUGUAUAUACACCAGACAAACUAUGCAGGGGAUCAUUACCCUGCAAAAUCUAAAGCAAAUCUACUUUUUAAACAUUUAUAAUAGUUUCUUUGUACAAUGUUGCAUUUAAUUAAAAUUCAUGCCAAAUUGUCUUUUUAAAAAAAAAAAAAGGAUUGUUGACCACUCUUUUUAUGAAAGAAAAAAAAAAACACAAAUAUCUCUUGUACUAUACAUUGUGAAUGGCUUGAUAAGCACCAUAUGUUCCCACCAUAUUUGAUCAGAAAGCUGCUAGGAUGGGAUGCCCUGUCAUCCCACCCACUAUCCCUCAAAGCUUUAAAGUGCAAUUAUUGGUGAUGUUUCUGACAGCAGAAGUAAUUCACGAAUGGUGGUGUGUAUUUUGUUUUUUGACCGUAAAGGGAAAUUUUCUGCAUUAUUUUAAAGGUUGUCCUCAUAUUUGUAACUACAGGUCACAAGGGAGUCAUGUAAUAAAAAUAAAAGCACAACAAAGGUUUGCACUAUGUAAGGCCCUAUGUGAUUAUAAUGCACUGUAGACUAGGGUAUUGUCACCGAUAUCAAUGUAAUUGCACAGAUAGUGAAUUUUAAUCCAAAUUUAAAAUGAAAAAAGUGACAUGUGAAAAAGAAAUGUAAAUGUUUGCGAAACUGUGUGGAUACUUAUUAUACAAACCAAAAGCUCUCAA